AUGGUGUCGCCGUCGGCGCAGCGGCGGCGGCAGCGGCGCAGGGCUGCCUGCCGCGCCGCCGCCGCUGCCGCCCCGGCUCGCCUGCGGCCCGCCGCCUGCGGCGGCCCCCCCGGUUUGGCCGCGGCGGCCAGCGCCGCCGGCGCUGCGGCCCCCGCGGCCGCCGGCGACGGCGCCGCCGCCGCGGCCGCGGCCGCGGGCGGCGCGCCGCCGCCGCGCCCCGCGCGGCCGGCCGCCUUCCCCGCCGCGGCCGCGGGCGCCGCGGCCGCGGGCGCCACCGCGGCCGCCGGCGGGGCCGCGGGGGGGCCGCGGGCGUCGCGGGCGCCGCCGGCGCCGCCGGCGCCGUUGGGCCGGCGCCGCGGGCUCG